UCUGACGUGAAGGGAGUGCAGCGCUUCGUCGGAUUCGUCACCUACCUGGCCAAAUUCCUACCACGGCUCUCUGAAGUGUGUGAGCCACUGAGGAGGCUCAUGGACAAGGACACCAUCUGGCAUUGGCUCCCAAAACAUGACACAGCGGUGAGGGAAAUAAAACAACUAGUCACCCAGACACCUGUACUGCGAUACUACAAUGUGUCAAAACCUGUCACAAUUCAGAGUGACUCAAGCCAGUAUGGACUUGGCUGUUGCCUCAUGCAGGAGGGCCAGCCUGUGGCAUUCACCUCUAGGGCACUCACCCCAACAGAGCAGAACUAUGCCCAGAUAGAGAAGGAGUGCCUCAGCAUUGUGUUUGCAUGCCAACACUUACACCACUACCUGUACGGGCGCGACAAUAUUACCGCAGAGACAGAUCACAAGCCCCUUAUUGCUAUAUUCAGCAAGCCUCUCCUGAAUGCCCCAAAACGACUGCAGAGCAUGCUACUGGCCCUACAAAACUACAACCUCAAGGUGGUGUAUAAGCCAGGGCCAGAGAUGUAUGUGAGUGACACGCUCAGCAGGGCUACUGCAUCAGGCACUCACACACGCUCCAUGCAUGAACAACACGCAGUGUGCAGCUUACAAACAGAGCAAGUGGAUGUUGAACACAUCAACGAGGCUGACUACCUUAAUGUUAUGGACCAGCGCCUUAUACAAAUCAGACAGCACACAGACAGGGACGGGAAACUCCAGGCAUUGAGGUCUGUGAUUCUGAUGGUCUGGCCCGACUGCAGGGAAGAAACUGCUUUAGCCGUCAGAGAAUAUUGGCCAGUCAAAGAGGAGCUCAGUGUUCAAAACGGAGUAAUAUUCAAGAGUCAGAGAGUCGUUAUUCCCCAGUCUCUGCGCCCUGAGAUGUUGGCACGUGUGCACUCAAGUCACAUAGGAGGUGAGGCCUGUUACAGACAAGCACGUGACACACUGUAUUGACCAGGAAUGCAGAGUGAAAUCAAAGACUAUGUCAGUAAAUGCACAAUCUGCAAUGAAUAUGCCAUUGAGCAACAGAGAGAGACAAUGAUGUCCCACGAGCUACCGAUGCGCCCCUGGCAGAUAGUAAGUCUAGAUCUCUUCCAGCACAGUGGCAAAGACUUUCUGCUGGUAGUCGAUCAUUACUCAGACUUUUGGGAGAUUGACCUCCUCCCUGACCUCUCAGCAGAGACAACGAUCAAAUGCUGCAAGGCUCAGUUUGCCCGCUAUGGCCAGCCAGAUAGGGUCAUUUCAGACAAUGGACCCCAAUUCUCCGGAGUUGAGUUCCGAAAAUUUGCUGCAGGAUGGGAAUUCGAGCACAUCACUUCAUCACCACGACACCCAAAAGCUAAUGGGAAGGCGGAGUCCGCAGUAAAAAUCGCAAGGACCCUCUGCAAAAAGGCUCUGCGAGAGAGCAAAGAUGUCUGGAAAGCAAUCCUGCAGUGGCGCAAUACCCCGACAAAAGGCAUGGACAGCAGCCCGGCACAGCGCCUCAUGGCACGGCGCUUAAAAGCAGCUCUGCCAGUAGCCAGCAUUCUCCUAGAGCCAUGUGUGGUGACAGACGUGCUGGUGAAGCUACGUCACAGAAGACAGGUCUCCAAGUUCAUCUAUGACAAAUCAGCAAAAGACUUACCUGAGCUCAGGGUGGGUGAAACGGUGCGAAUGGAGCCACUACCAGGGGACCAGACAGGCCUCUGGAGACUAAGAUCCUGUGUACAGAAAGUGGCACCACGCUCCUACUUGGUCGAAGUGAAUGGAUCACUGUACCGUCGUAACAGGGUUGACCUUCAGAUUGCUGAGCCAGCACCUACUCAGGACCCUGAUGGCCAAAGGGGUCGCAUGACAAAAGACAGAACCCCAGCAAGUCACAUGGGGGCUGAGGCACUGGGCGAAGAGCCAGGGGAUCACAGGUCGGCCGCUCCCUCGCCCAUCAAUUCUCCCCUUAGACAUUCAGGUGACGGAAACCCGCAGUCCUCGCAGACAAGCCCCCUGUCUUUUCACGCUGCGGGCGUCUGUCCCAGCCACCAAAAAUACUUAAUCUAGGACCUGGGACGAUGCCUCAGGACUACCUGGCCUGAAGACUCUAUGCUGUCCCCAAUCCACCUGGUUGUGCUGCUGCUCCAGCUUCAACUGUUCUGCCUGUGGCUAUGGAACCCUGACCUGUUCACCUGUAAUGGGUGCGUGUCGUGGCAGGGAAGUCACGGGCAGGAAAACGAACUUGGUAUUAACGGAGUCGUUUAAUAAGUGCUCAUAAAACUCCAAAAACAAAAAUAUACCAAAAAAUAAUGCAAGUGGGUACAAAACCCGUCGCACAUCGAAACAUGACUUGCACAUAACAUACAAUAAAAUACCAUCUCCGACAAGGACAUGAGGGGAAACAGAGGGUUAAAUACACAACAUGUAAUUGAUGGGAUUGAAACCAGGUGUGAAGGAAAACAAGACAAAAACAAUGGAAAAUGAAAAAUUGAUCAGUGAUGGCUAGAAGGUCGGUGACGUCGACCGCCAAACACCUCCCGAACAAGGAGAGGGACCGACUUCUGCGGAAGUCGUGACAUCAACGGACGUGCGACCUUGUCCCGAACCUGCUGUUUUUGACUAUCUCUCUCUCUCUACAACACCUGCUGACUCUAACUCUGAAUGCUUGGCUAUAAAAGCCAACCUACAUUUACUCCUGAGGUGCUGACCUGUUACUCUCUACAACCACUGUGAUUAUUAUUAUUUGACCCUGCUGGUCAUCUAUGAUCGUUUGAACAU